UCAGAGUUAAUUCUCAUGUCAGCAGAAAACUCAACCAUCACAGUCCGUCUUGUUCGCUCUUUUGAACACCGGAACUUCAGACCUGUGGUGUAUCAUGGAGUUAACUUGGAUCAGACAGUAAAGCAGUUCAUUACUUUUGUGCGGAAGGACGUGCCUUCAAGAACAGGACUUCCUCCUCCUUUCAAAAAUUACAAGUAUGAUACAAUGAAGAUUAUUCACCAAGCACACAAAUCUAAGACUGCUGAACUUGUAGUGAGUUUGGAAGAUGACGACAAACUGAUUUUGAAAGAAGACAGUACGCUGAAAGCAGCUGGAGUAGCAAAUGAGACCGAAUUAGCAUUCUUCUGUGAGGAAGAUUACAGAAACUACAAAGCUAAUCCUGUUUCGGCCUGGUGAAGAUCCCAAGAGAUUGUUUUGUUUUCCCAUACCUGUUGUACAUUUUCCUUAUUCUGCUUAAUGAGAUUUUUCUUAAAGAUCAAUAAAUCCUAGAGGAUUGCUUUGCAAACAGUGCAAUUCCCUUCCUAUAGAAAUUAAUUUCUGUCAAUAUGCUAAGACUGAGAGAAGGAAAACUGGGGGACAUAAAUUACUUUCUUUCUCGCAUUUCUUUUUCAUUUGCUUGCCUCCUACGAUGCAGGCAGUGCAAUCUCUGACCUGUGACACACUUUCUUGGUGUGAUCCUACAGCAGACAUUAGCUACAUAUGGAAAUUAUACAAUGCACAGUAAGAUCCCAUCACAGUACUAACUUCUAAUGAAAAUGGAAACGUUUUAUGAC